AUGCCGCGUUCAGCUUUUCGCGCCCAACAACGCGCGAAGUCAGCCGGCGAAACGGCUUCAAACUGGGUCAAUUCCCUCUUACCAAUUGCUGCUUCCCUUUCAUUUCCUGCUUUUUUUUCGCCGGCUGGACGUGAAUUUUGUGUGCCUGGGCCGCCUUUUUUUGACUCCGCCUCCUCAGACCGGUACUCGGAGACCACUAUGUUGGCACUUCGGCGCGGCGCAGCCACUCUGCUGGCUCCUCGUUCGCGUUUUUUUUCUUCCGUCAAUUCCUUCUCCUCUUUCUCUGCGUCCUCUCUCUUCUCAUGGAGACAGAGGUUUUCUUUGGGGGCUACUGGCAUCCUGCAGCGACAAACGGCGACCGCCGACAUCCGGAACCGCUUCUGCGGAGAUUUCCAAGUUCGAACGAUCGUCAACCGCGUGAAGAAGGCGGAAGAUUUCCAGAAAGUGACCGACUCUGAAGAAGACUGUUCAGUGAAGGUGGUCCAGUUCUCUGCCUCCUGGUGUGGGCCUUGCCGCCAAGUGACUCCAACCAUCGAGGGAUGGAGUGAGAAGAUGCCGGCCAGCGAGGUCCAGUUCUUCCAUGUGGAUAUCGACGAGUGCCCAGAACUCGCGGAAGAGUACGACAUUUCCAGCGUCCCGACUUUUCUCUUUUUUAAAAACGGAAAAAAAGUCAACACAGUCGUGGGCGGCAACACGGCAAAGAUCGAAGAAGCGAUCAAAACGAGCGCCAACUGAUCGCUUAUCUCUAUUGUUUUGGAAAAUCGACGGUUUUUUUCCGAACACAGGACAGUCACACAGAGAACGGACAUGAGCCACAGCAGCUGUGUGCAGGUAGUUGUGACGUCUGGAAUCACGAUGCUUUGCAGUUCCGUGCUCCAAACUAACAUCGGUGAAGUAUUCGAUGGAUUGUCUCAAAGGGACUCGACUUCACCUGGCAGAACCAGUGACUCGUGGAUUUCUUAGACACACAAACGAUCCACCUGAGAGUUAGACUCACGCUGGGAACAAUGUUGGCAGCAAAACGGAGGGUGCUCAGCGUUCGUGUACAAGGGCGGGCGGUUCGCGUUCAAACGCAUGUCAGUGUCGAGUUUUGUGUCGGGAGACGUCUGCACAAAUGCCCCUGACAACGACGCAGCGCGGGAUCGUUCGUUUGUGGUGGCCUUUUCAGCCUGACAACUUUUACUUGUGAGGCUUUGUGUCUCACGCUCGAAGCGAAACGGGGGUAUCUGACAGCAGCUCGCAGCCAGCGGCAGCACGGCGGUGUUCCGCACUCCGACACAACAGACGCUGAAGAAAGUUACCAGAGUUGUCAAACUAAGCUGAAGAAGAGAUCGCACAGCC